AUGAGGGAGUUUGCCUUGUAUGCGUUGUCCCGGGCCUCGCAAGAGGAAUUGGGCAAAGACAGACGUCGCGCUUGGGGUAUCUGGUUUUUGGUGGUGCUCGAGGUGGGCUCGAUGCUUUGCUUUGUGCAGGUGUCCACGCUUACGCAUGGAGUGUUUCUGGCCAUCCCGGCGAUCAUCCUCCUUGUGUUUGCAGUGGCCAGGGGAAACCGGGAGCUUCUUGUGAAGGAGCCACUCUGCCUUCUUUGGCCUCACUACCAUUCCAGACAUGGGCUUUCCAGGCACCAGGCACCGGCCACAGGUUGUUACAUGGGCACCGCGCUCCUGCGUGUGGCUUGCAGCUUGGUCUUCUGGGGGAAUGUGGACUUGGACAGAGCUUUUCAGAAUUUCAGUCCAGUAGUCUGCCCGCGCGUAAGAGGGCCACAACCCUGCGAUUACUAUCCGGCCGUUGAAAACAGAAAAGACCCAGUUUGCCUCUGGCGAAAGUACGCAUUGCAUGAGCGUGGCGAUGGAACUAAGACAGUAACUGAGAUGACUAAGAUGUACCAAACUAAAAACGGGGGGUGCUGGCAAGAAUGCAAAUCAUGCCUGCCGGAUGUUUGGGGCAAACAAAAGGAUUGGAUAAGAGCACCUUGUGUAGCCGAUGACACCUGUCAAAGUGUUUGCUGCCGCUGCCUGCACUGCCAGCUCUCGCCCUCGUUGGUUGGGUGGCUGGUCGAGGGCUGUGUCAAGGGUGCAUUCUAUCCGGGUGUCCCGCGAGAUGUGUACUGGUCACCACGCGGCAUGGUGUAUUGGCGUGAUGGCCCUGGUCUAGUUACCGCAUCGACAGUUACCGCAUCGACUGUUUCCGCUUACUACAGCAACUUCACUUGGCUCUCAGAGAACGCCCUGCUUGCCCAGCUUGCCCGGUGCACGUUGACUCACGAGUUGCACGCUACAUCCCUUGCAAGGUUUUCUACAGCCGCAUUGUUUCUGCAGUGGCUUCCAGUAGUCAUGCUCGGUGCGUGGCUUGGCCUCACCUGCUGCUUGCCACUAUUGCUCGGUCUGCAAGGCCUCAUGGCCAUGCUUGGGUCGGCACCACCUGACAUCGACACCCAGGGCGCAAUUGCCAGCAAGGCCGAGCACCUCCGUCGGCAGAUAGCACAAGGCGGUCACCGAGCUGGACUUAAGGAAAAGGUGACCAUUUACAUGGAUCUCUUUUUCUUUUUGGUGGACUACGCAUCAGACUGGAACUGCUUGCUUCAAUUCGUCCUGGAGCAGCAGUUCGGUCUGGCAGGGGCGCAAGCCGUGAUCAUCGUGGCACCUACCGUGCUGGACUGUUAUCGUGGAAGGAUACAGGUUGUAGAAGUAGUUGGCGGAUUCUUGCGAUCCCGCAGGAAGGGCUUCCCACGAAUUCGUACAUUCAGUCCUUGCGAUCGGAAAAGGGGGUGGAGGCUCCGCUCUCCCUUUUCUUGCAGUACUAUGCCUUGCCGAGGGCCACGAGUCUGGCUGGAUUCUGGAGCGUAUGCUUGUCCAUGCCACUGA